AUGGAUGGAAGAGUAGCAGGAGGUGCGGCAACAGGAAUAGACUUAGGAACGACAUAUUCUUGUGUUGGUGUAUGGCAACAUGACCGUGUUGAGAUUAUUGCUAAUGAUCAAGGAAAUCGCAAAACUCCUUCCUAUAUUGCUUUUACUGAAAACGAACUUUUGAUUGGUGAUGCUGCUAAAAAUCAAGUUUCUAUGAAUCCCAUCAAUACUGUUUUCGAUGUGAAACGCUUAAUUGGUAGGAAAAUCAGCGAUAGCACCCUUCAAAGUGAUAUGAAGGUAUGGCCCUUCAAGGUCAUUGGCAAAGGUGAGAAACCCAUGAUUCAAGUCAAUUACAACGGAAAACCGAAACAAUUUUCAGCUGAGCAAGUCUCAUCCAUGAUUCUCACAAAGAUGCGCCAAAUUGCCGAGACUUAUCUUGGUUCGAGUGUCAAAGAUGCUGUUGUUACAGUCCCUGCUUACCUUAACAAUUCACAGCGUCAAGCGACUAGGGAUGCUGGGGCCUUUCCUGGCCUUAAUGUAAUGAGAAUCAUCAAUGAACCAACAGCGGCCGCGAUUGCUUAUGGUCUUGAUAAAAAGGCAACUGGUGAAAAAAAUAUUCUUGUCUUUGAUCUUGGUGGUGGUACUUUAGAUGUUUCACUACUCACCAUUGCCGAGGGUGUCUUUGAAGUCAAGGCUACAGCCGGAGAUACCCAUCUUGGAGGAGAGGAUUUCGAUAACAGAACGGUCGAUCAUUUUGUUCAAGAAUUCAAGAGAAAGCACAACAAGGACAUUAGUGAAAAUCCAAGUGCUCUUAGGAGGUUGAGGACUUCAUGUGAGAGGUCAAAAAGGACCCUCUCAACUACUACCCGGACAACCAUGGAGAUUGAUUCUUUGUAUGAAGGUGUUGAUUUUCAUGCAUCCAUCACUCGCGCUGAAUUUGAAGACUUGAACAAGGAUUUGUUCAAUGAGUGUAUGGAACCCGUUAAGAAGUGUUUGGCGGAUUCUGAGAUGGACAAGAGAAGCAUCCACGAAAUUGUGCUCGUUGGUGGAUCAACCAGAAUUCCAAAAGUUCAGGCUUUAUUGCAAGAUUUCUUUAAUGGGAAGGAACUCUGCAAGAGCAUCGACCCUGAUGAAGCUGUGGCAUAUGGUGCAGCAGUGCAUGCUUCUAUUUUGAGUGGCAAAUUUAACGAGAAGGUGAAGGAUUUGGUGUUGUUGGAUGUCACCCCUUUCUCUCUAGGUAUUGGGGUAGUUGGGGCUUAUAUGACGGUGGUAAUGCCUAGGAACAGCACCAUUCCGAACAAGAAGGUGUGUCACAACUUCCGUACUAGCGUCAAAGGACAAAGUGGUUUUGAGUUUCCGGUGUAUGAGGGUGACAGAGCUAGAAUCGAUGACAAUAACUUGUUGGGUACGUUCUAUUUACAUGGAAUUCCUCCUGCAGGUCGUGGUACUGUCACGUGCACUAUAUGCUUUGAUAUCGAUGGGUAUAUUGAAACUGGAGUACUGUUGUCAACAGCUUGCCUUUGGCUUGUAAUGUAUUUGUUUUUUGCUUUGCAAUAUAAUAACCAAUAA